UUUUUGCAAUUUUUCAAGUAAAUCCCUAUUAAGACUUAUAGAUUAAAAGAAAAUACCGUAGAACAGUAAUUACAAAGUAAAAUUAUUUUCCUCCCAUUACUUCAUUUGCAUUUUUUCUUUUCCCCUUGUGUUCCAAUUUUAAAAAAUAAAAGGGAGGGGAAAAAAGAAAAAGCACCACUCAUCCUCAUUGUUUCUUUUCUCUAAUUACCAAACCGAUUAACCAGAUGACACGAACAUGACCUUGAAUUUCACUCAUCGUCUUCUCCACUCAACCAAGCCAUUCCAGUUUCUGAAGACCAAUCACCCAACACAACACUCCAACACAAACGCACUUCCAUUUCCCAAUCCUCCACUCCUCCCCUUCACUUUUCGACCCCCAACUCGCUCCAACUCACUGUAUGGACGAGUCAGCUCACUCCUCCCACGUUCCCAUAGCUCCUCUUCAAGCCCAUUCAGCACCCAAAUCGUUCUCGAAAUCUUCAUCCUCUUCGCGUUCUCUCUGGUGCUUCUUUGCCUUCGGCUCUUCUCCAGCGUCCUAUUGCCCGAUUUUCCUCGCCGGUGGCACGGCCUUGUGGCUUUUGCUUCGGAAGCUGAGGCCAGAACCAAUGCAUACCCUUCGCACCUGUGGCAAGCCAUUGUUGCUUACGAGGACAGAAGGUUCUUUAGCCAUUUUGGGAUUGACCCAGUUGGGAUUGCUCGUGCAGUGGUGUCGUUUUCGGCUCUUGGCGGUGGCAGCACGAUUACCCAGCAGGAACAAGUUGGUGGAGAGAGGUUGUCAACGCUAACGUAAAACACAGAAGGAGAAUUGGAGAAAAGACAUGGAGAUAACAGAAUAGACCAUUUCCAGCCUGAACAAUACACCCCUUCGUCAAACCCUUCACUUGUUUUUGCUCUUCGUUCCAUCAAACCCCUGCAUGGGGUCCUUCUUAUUCAUCCCUACUGUUUUCUUACUUUUUGUUCUCCUUGUUCUCGUCUCCGGUGGAUCUUUCUCAGAGUUCAUAUACCCGAAUUUCUCAGCUUCACACUUUCAAUUCGUUGACAACGCCGGCGGUGCCUUCUUGUCCUCUCGAAAUGGAACAUUUAAAGCUGCUAUUGUCAAUCCUGGUGCUGAACAACCCAACUUCUACUUGUGCAUCAUCCAUGUGGCAUCCAACACCGUCAUCUGGACUGCUAAUCGUAAUGCUUCCAUAUCAGCUUCUGGUAAGAUGAAUCUAACGGCUAAAGGUGUUAGCAUUUCAGAUGAGGAUGGUAAUCCCGUAUGGUCAACUCCAUCAUUGAAGUCACCAGUUUCUGCAUUACUGCUGAAUGAAAUGGGUAACCUUAUCCUUCUUGAUCAAUUCAAUGGUUCCCUUUGGGAAAGUUUUCAUUAUCCAACCGACACGAUUGUGAUUGGACAACACUUACCAGUUGGGUCAUUUCUGUCCAGUACUCGAUCAAAUUUUUCAAUUGGUGAUUACAGGCUCAUAAUAAGUGAUUCUGAUGCGAUACUUCAAUGGCUUGGACAGACAUAUUGGGAAUUGUCAAUGGAUACAAACGCUUAUACAAACUCGAAUUAUAUAGUGGAAUAUAUGUCCAUUGACAGAACAGGUCUUCAUCUGCUUGGUCGUAAUGGAACAGUGGUCGUGAUUCAGGUACUCUUGUCAUCUUCUGACUUGAGAAUUGCCAAGUUGGAGUCCUCUGGCCAAUUUACUGUCAAAAGUUUAUCUGGUACUGACUGGAAGCAAGAAUUUGGUGGGCCAGCUGAUGAUUGUCAAAUUCCAUUAGUUUGUGGCAGAGUUGGUUUGUGUACUGCAUCUACCAGCCAUACUUGUUCAUGCCCCGCAAGCUUCCAUGCAGGUUCAGAAGAUACUGGCGGUUGUGUGCCAAGUGGUUCUUUUUCUUUGCCGUUUUCUUGCAACUCAACCAUUAAUGGUAGUCAGUUGAAUUCACCAGCCAUUUCAUAUAUCAGGCUUGACUACGGCAUGGAUUAUUUUGCCAAUGUUUUCUCCGAGCCUGUAAAAUAUGGUGUUAAUUUGUCAACCUGUCAAGCUCUCUGCUCAAGUGACUGCACUUGCUUGGGAAUUUUUUAUGAAAAUUCAUCUGGUUCUUGCUAUACACUUAAAGAUGAGUUGGGUUCCAUUUUUGUGAGUAAUACAGCCAAAAAUGACCUGUUGGGCUACAUCAAGGCUCUUGUUGGAUCUUCUCCAUCAAACUUCAGUGAUAAUAAGAAUCCCAGCAAUCAAAGCAAAAACUUUCCUGUAGCUGCUCUGGUGCUUUUGCCGUUCAGUGGGUUCUUUCUGUUGGUGGCUCUAGGUUUCCUCUUGUGGGGAAGACGGAGACAGUCAAAGAAAAAAGAGAUAAAAUUAGGGCAUUUUGGUUCACUUUCUUCAGGGGAUAUGGAUGCCUUCUAUAUCCCAGGUUUACCUAAGAGGUUUGAUUAUGAAGAACUUGAAGUGGCUACAGAUGAUUUCAAGACCCUGAUUGGGUCAGGUGGGUUUGGUGCUGUGUAUAAGGGUGUUCUACCUGAUAAAACUGUUGUAGCUGUAAAAAAGAUAAUAAAUUUAGGUGUUCAAGGGAAAAAAGAUUUCUGCAGUGAGAUUGCAGUAAUUGGUAAUAUUCACCAUGCCAAUUUGGUCAAACUGAAAGGUUUUUGCGCCCAAGGGAGACAACGCCUUUUGGUUUAUGAGUAUAUGAAUCGUGGGUCACUUGACCGCAGUCUUUUUGGUAGUGGACCAGUAUUAGAAUGGCAAGAGAGGCUUGAUAUAGCACUAGGGACAGCCCGUGGGCUUGCAUACCUGCACAGUGGGUGUGAACAGAAGAUAAUCCAUUGUGAUGUGAAGCCAGAGAACAUUCUCUUACACGACCACUUUCAAGCAAAGAUCUCCGAUUUUGGCCUUUCAAAGCUUCUAACUACUGAACAGUCUAGUCUAUUUACAACUAUGAGAGGCACACGUGGCUAUCUCGCCCCAGAAUGGCUUACUAACUCUGCAAUCUCAGAAAAAACUGACGUCUAUAGUUUUGGAAUGGUACUACUUGAACUUGUGAGUGGAAGGAAAAAUACAUUACGACUGCAAAGCCAUAGCCUGAAUAACAGUAGCAGCGGUGGGGGUCAGUCAUCAUCGUCAUCUGGGUCAGCACUUGUUUAUUUUCCUCUAUUUGCUCUAGAGAUGCAUGAGCAGGGGAGGUACUUGGAGCUUGCUGACUGGAGAUUGGAGGGACGGGUGACAAGUGAAGAGGUGGAGAAAUUUGUACGUGUCGCAUUGUGUUGCGUUCAUGAGGAACCGGCACUUAGGCCAAAUAUGAAUACUAUUGUUGGCAUGCUGGAAGGUGGGAUCCCUUUGGGUCGGCCAAAUUUGCAAUCAUUGAAUUUCUUGCGCUUUAUUGGGCGUGGAUUUACUGAGGCUUCUAUGAUAGAAAGGGGAACUGAGCAAAUUGAUCGUGUGUUGUAUCCAGAGGUGAAUGCUUCUCCUACAACAACAACAAUGGACUCGCGUAAUUACUUCUCUUACGUCUCUUCACAGCAAGUUUCAGGCCCAAGAUAGUGUUGAGUAGUUGAGCAGCUUGUGUAUAGUUAAUCGUGAUGAGAAUUAAAUGUAUGUGAUUUGGAUUUUAAUUUUCUUUCUCACUCUAUAUUGGAAUCUACUGUAUAAUUCUGACAUCUUUCCACAAGGUUCAAGGUAUGUUGAAUGCUGUAAUUUGUGCAGUUCAUGUAAACAGCUCUUUUGAGAAAGUAAUAUGACUUAAUUGUGUGGAAAUUAGAUGUAGCAGGUUUGUAUUACUUUGCCAUAAAUGUUAUUAUGAGAAAUUUCGGAGUAGAUCAUGCAUUCUUAGAUCUUUCAUAUGAGAGACUGAGAGAGGUUGUCAUGGAUGUGGGUAAGGUGCUUGUUGAUGGUGGCCACAGAAUGCAUGAGGAUGCCUGUGCUGGUGAAAAAUACUUUCCUUAAAAAUGAACGCACACUCUCAAGAAAAAUGGUUGAGAUGGUGAUGUCACUAGCAUUGGAGAAGACAAUGUUAAAAGGGCAAAUAUUGAGCUGCUAUAUUAGUAAGUUGUGGUAUGGUAUGCUAGGUACAAGUGAUUCUGCAGAUAUCUUAAGAUAACCAGUUAUAGAGAUCUUUCUUUCCUCACCUGAGAGAAUGAAGUUGCAAGUGUUUGCACUUUCAAAUGUUUUCUCUUCAUGCAGUUGGAGAUUUUUUCAGUCGAAGGAGACUAAAGAUAUACUGGGGACAUGGAAUUUAUGGGGUUGAAUCAGCAUCAACAUUCUAUUUUGGGAAGCAUCCAUCUUGUCUAAGUUUGGGGGAGUCUGCAAUGCUUGCUGGGCUAAUACCUGCCCCAGAACUUCGAUCGCCGCUCAGGGAUCCUUCCAGAGGAAAAACCUUUCAAGCCAGAGUUUUGAAGAGGAUGGUGGACGUAGGCUUUCUUGAUUUUGAAACAGCACUUUUUGUCGUGAAACAGUAUCUUCCUCUGCAUGUUACUGAGUCAGAAGCACCUGUUGUCUUUCUCCUGGGAGUAGGUACAAACUCCAAAUUGAGGGACAUAUGGGACUGGGAAACAGAAAGCAAAAUCUGGGAAGCAUGUGAAGAUAUGGAAAGAUGGGCCCUCAAGGUCCGGGACGGAGCCUCAGCAAAACGUUCUUGUUCUCAGUAUUAAUUGUGAGCGAUCCUACCAUUAAACUGGUUCUUCUGGUCCCUCUUGAAGCUUUGUUGCACAGAUUUUACAGUAUACAUAGACUAGACUGGACCACCUCACAAGCAAUAUAUUACCUUCGAAGUCUUGUCUUCAUCGCCACUACUAGCUAUUUUAUGACUUAAUGUAUGCAUUGACAAAUUAGUUCUCUAGAUUUUUGUUUCUUCCGAAGUUCUAACAAUUAUUGAUGGUCGCAAGGGGUUGUAGCUCAAGUGAUUUAGAGCAUAUAUUCUUGCACUUGAAGUCCUAGAUUUGAUUUCCCCCCCUUCUCCCUCCUUCCCCCCUACCCUCUCUUUUCCUCUAAUAUCGUUUGUAUAAAAAAAAAUAAAUAGAAAAAAUGAUAUAGAUCCAAAUUUUCAUUGAGAA